AUGGCCGACCCAUUUGAAGUGCGAAUGCGCUUCACAUCUCAACUUCAACAUCUCAACGCGUCAGUUACAUCUGCUCAGAAAGCCGCACAAUAUGCGCUUAGAUUCAGAGACAUGGAUGAGGACUUGCAUUCGUGCAUCCUGGAACAGCUUGAACGACAGAACAAUAUGAACAUACGUGCCAAUAUCAUGUACUUUAUCGAGCACUUCCUAGACAUGGCGCAACGUGACGGACACCCCGACUACAUUCGAAUGAUGCAACGGGACAUCAUCCGUGUCGUCGAUGCUGUUGCCCCGGAUGAUGGGUCAGGUGCUGCCAACGUCAAAGUGGUCCGAAAGGUGUUGCAGGGUCUUCAAGGAAAAGGGUACCUGGAGUCGCAAGCAGUCAGUCAGAUCGAAGAUGUCAUCAAAGAGCGUGAGACAAAUGUCGAGGACCUAGGCUUAGCUUCACCAAAUGGAGAUGUCGAGAUGGCAGACAUGCCCCCCUCACAAACCAUACCUAAGGCAGGUCGAAGGAGCACGUCACACCAGCUUGACAAACGUCAGAUUGAGCAACGGAUUGAGGAGGACCGCGAGCGCCACAAGCGCGAGCGCGAAAGCAUUUGGGCAGUCCCCAAAGCCGAGAAUGCUGAGAUGGACAGACUGUGGGAGGAAACGAGUGACUUUGGAGAAGACGACGACCGUCUGCUCACCGAAGAGCUGGAUGACUUCCACAAAGAGAUGGAGAUACAGUCUAAUUGCCAACAUCAUCAUGGAGCAACGAACGGCAACCGUCGCUAA